AGGGAAGAGUACACCUUUAAGCCCGCAGAGAGUGCACCGAGUUCGCGUGUCCAUGGAAAAAAAAAGAAAGAAAGAAAGAACGAAAGAAAGGCGCACGAUGUGACAGUUCAUUUACCGCGCAGACCGCUGUCGGACCCAGCGCGCCCGCACUUAAAAUAUCGGACGGAGCGAACAUGUCUGCGUCUUUAAGCAGAACUCUGUAUCGACCGCUGCGUGAUGUCAGCCUGCUCUCGGUCCGUGCACUGCUCGGCUGAGAGCCGCAUUUUACUUCCUGCACAGGGACAGGAGCGGGCAGAGAAAGAGAGAGUGGGAUAGCGAGAUGGGGGGACGAGCGGCCGAGACAGGACUGAAAGUGGUAGAGUAAUCCCGCGGACGAGACGAGGGGGGGGGAGAAAAAAACCUGGGCCUGCUUCGGGGUUUUUUUUUUUUAAAGAAGAGAAGAAAAUCCUACAAAGUUUAGAGGUUAUCCAGCCUGCCACAUCUGCGCCAGCUGACAGCCUCAUUCUAUGGAAUAGCGACUUAUCGGAUGUCUCUCUUGGUGGAAGAGUGAAAAUCUGAGAGCCCAUCUUCCUCUCCCCCUUCGGUCAACAUGUCCCAGCUGCUCCAUGUGGAGAUCCCGAAUUUUGGAGCCACGGUCCUGGGCUCCCUCAACGAGCAGCGGCUGCUGGGACAUCACUGUGAUGUAUCCAUACUCGUAAAAGGUCAAGCUUUUAAAGCCCACCGGGCUGUUCUGGCAGCCAGCAGCCUCUACUUUCGUGACCUCUUCAGCAGUUCGACCAAGUCCCAGUUUGAGCUGCCUUCCUCCGUCACACCUGCUUGCUUUGAGCAGAUCCUCACGUUCUGCUACACGGGGAAGCUAACAAUGGCGGCGAGCGAACAGCUGGUUGUCAUGUACACAGCUGGCUACCUCCAGAUUCAGCACAUAGUUGAAAGAGGCAUGGACCUAAUGUUCAAGGCGAACUCACCUCACUGCGACUCGCAAACGGCCGGCUCCUUGGAGGAGACGGGAUCGGAGCCGCAGAGUCCUCUUAAUAAUGGCGUGGGCCUGUCGAUGGCCAGCGCUCUGGGAACUCAGAGCUGGUCUACGUCGUCCCUAGUCUUACCGCAGCGGAAGAUUAAAUUGGAAGUGGGAGACCCGACGCCGAUUUCCACACCCUCGUCGCAAACCAAGAUCUCAACCUCAGAGCUGGGGAGUCGGCUGGUCAGGGCCUUCUACACAGCAGCCGGCGGGCCUCCUAUUCCUGGUAUGCCUACUUUCCAUCUUCAGGGAACCGCCGGAGGUGGGGCAGGGGGUGGGGCAGGCGGAGGAACAGGUGCCGAGCGGUCCAGCCCAGGAGAGUCCAGCCUCCCCACCACAGACAGCCCCACGUCCUACCAGAACGAUGACGAGGAGUUCGAGGAAGAGCCAUAUGACGGGAUCACGGAGGAGACGUACAGUCAGAUCUACGGACGUUCAGCUAACCCCUAUGGGAUCCAGGACAAGCCAGAGAUGGCAGCGAUGCCUUUGGCCUUGGAGAAUCGCAACUGCGUGCUCAUCCGCAGGGACCUGGUGGCGCUGCCUGCGAGCCUCAUAAGCCAGAUUGGCUACCGGUGCCACCCUAAGCUCUACACCGAGGGGGACCCCGGCGAGAAGCUGGAAUUGGUCGCUGGAACCCAGGUGUUCAUGACGCGAGGCCAACUCAUGAACUGCCAUCUGUGCGCCGGCAUCAAACACAAAGUGUUGCUUCGCCGUCUUUUAGCUACGUUCUUUGAUAGAAACACUCUAGCGAAUAGCUGUGGGACAGGCAUCCGCUCGUCCACGAGUGACCCCAGCAGGAAGCCCCUGGACAGCAGGGUCCUCAAUGCUGUGAAACUCUACUGUCAAAACUUUAACCCUAAUUUCAAGGAGAGCGAAAUGAAUGUGAUCGCCGCCGACAUGUGCACGAACGCGAGGCGGGUGCGCAAGAGGUGGCUCCCCAAGAUCAAGUCCAUGCUGCCUGACGGCAUGGAGGUGUACCGCGCGAGCAUGGGCAUGAGCGCCGCCGCCGCCGUCGGUCUGAACCUAGCCCUGAGCGCUCCUCAGGCGGGAGUGCCCCUUUCCUUCGAGCACGACUUGAAGAGCCUCGAGCAAAGGUUGUACCCAGACCGCAAGGACCCGCUCAGGACUCAUGUGGGCAGCCCCGGCUCGGGGGCGGCGGGAGCAGAGGCCGAAGGUGAAGGUGACGCGGCAGCCCAGGAGGAUCAGGAAGAGGACGACGACGAAGCCGCGUCGGAGGGGGCGGACCGGUCACUGGGGGCGCCGAUUUUGGUGUCUGUUGUCGGAUCAGGAGACGCGCCACCUGAGCAGGGGGCGGAAAGUUUCGGACAAAAUCUGAGGCUGAACGGACAGUGAAUGUCCCUCUCAUGUUGUGAAAUGUGUUUAACACUCACAGUUUCUUCUUCUCACUGUCUCAUCCAUCACUCUCUCUCUCUCUCUCUCUCUCUGCUCCUCCGUGCUUCCUUGACUGGGAAAGUUUGUUUUCCUCACACAAAGCUGCGGUCGCAACUUCUAUCAGAAGAAGAAAAAAAAAACAAAAAAAAAAACGUUGGUCACACAUGCAUGCGCUCGUGUGUGUGCUUGUGCAUUGGCAUACUUACAUGUAGUGAGAAUAAAACACAGCUAGUAAAAGUAUACACAGGCAUGGCAUUAGUCAGUGCAGAGCACGAACCUCGUCGGAUCUGCGUAUGCAUCCAGUACUCGGGCUUCUGCAGCUUUAUUACAAAGGUCAGAGAGCAAAACAUGAUGGCUGUAGUGAUUCAUCAUAUCAGUGCCACGCCACCAACAGCUGGAUUGCAGCGGUUUGCAGUGUAAUGUUAUUUCAUAAAAUGACUUUGAGAAACUCAAAACAAGACCUCCUUGCAUCACAUAACUGUUGGGGAAUAUGUGUGAACAUUAGCAGUAUUACAGUUAAAAGUUAUACACUGUGAAAGAAUCUUUUCCAAAACAACAAAACAAACCUUCAUUUCUUUUAACUUGCCUUGCUUUGGCAAGGUAUCGUACCUCCUGAACCUGUCCACCUCACAGCGAUGGACUUCGACGUAUUUUAUUUGGAAUGUAAAUGUGACAGACCAACACAAAGAGGCACGUGAAUGUGAAUCAGGAGAGAAAAAAAAGACGGUUUUCAAAUCACAAACAUUUGAAUUCAUCGCCCAUAAAGUCAAUGGCUUCUUACAACCACUCCUCACAAAUUUUAGCAGCAAGUCUUUCGGAGUGCGUCUCUACCAACUGAGUUUUUUUUUGUUUUUUUGUUGUUUUUUUUUUGUAGAGGUGAACCUCUGCUCCCGUCUCAAGUCUUUGGAAUCCAACAGUUUUAUUUCCCAAGCAUUGUCCUGUACUUAGUUGCAUCCAUCUUAGCAUCGUCUUAUCAGCCUCUUUGUCCCCACUGAAGAAGUUCAUCUCCACAGCAUGAUACUACCACCAUGUUUUACCAAGAGGAUGAUGACUUUAAGAUUGGUUUCUCUGCCAAAACUAGUAUUAUGCUCUUAGACCAACAAGAUAUUUAUUUCUUUUUUUGACCAGAGCUUGGUGCCCUACACUGGCUGUGGCAAAACAAAACAGACAACAUAAUGUUUUCUCUUUUUUUAUUCCAACAUUUUUUCUUAUCUUCUCCUCACGCUUUUAUAAAGGCCAGAUUGUUGUAGUCCACAGCUAGUAACUUUCCUGUCAACAGGUUCUAUUACUUGAGCUGAAGGUCUUCAAUAGUUGUCAUGUGCUUCUCCUAAUACUGCUCUCUUUGCCCACCCUGUUAUUUAGGGUGGAUGGCCACGCCUUGGUAAGCUUCCAAUUGUGCCAUAUAAUGUCUAUAUUCAGACGAUGGAUUGACCAGUGCUCCACACCUGGAGAUAUUACUUUAUUACCUAACCCUGCUUUGAAAUGUCUAGAAAUCCACAGAUUUGCCUGCUGUGUUCCUUGAUCUUAUGUCAUACGGUUUGUAAUCAAACAAACCUCUGAAGCCUUCAUACACCACUUUGUGCUGAUCAGUCACAUGCGUUCCCAGUAAAAUACACUAAGGUUUGCAUCUACAAGAAGUUAAAAGAUGGAAAAGUUCAAGAGGUGCGAAUACUACAAGACACUGUGACGUGUCUGUUUUUUUUUUUUUUGCUAAUACUACUUUUUACCAUAACCCUCCAAACAAAUCCUAAAAAAGCCCCCCCCCCAACAAAUCUAUCACAUGUAUUUGCCGUUUACUCACGCAUAUCAGCCUGUGACAUAUCAGAUUAGACUUUCAAUGUGAUGCCUGACCACACCUCCCAACCCACACACAUGCACAAGCAAAUAAACAGGCAUACACCGACGCAUUCACCCUAACAUUUCUGUCAUCCCAGCCCUUAAUGUCUGUGGCGUUGUAACCAAAUGGCAUACCGUUCAAAAGAAAACCUUGCAACGCUUUUCAACUCCGAAAAUCACCGAAUUCUUGGAGGUACACGAGUAAUAAUGUCGAGGCUCGCAUGCAUUCAUCCAGGCAACGGAUGGAAAGAAUCGCUGAAGAAAGCAGCGCAGUCACAUCUCUGCAUUGAAAUACGUUAACAGCUACUAUUGCCUGGAGCUGUGCCGUUAAAAAACCAGAAGCACUUUCUUCGUAUCUUUCCUGGGGGGAAAAAAAGUCUGCCAAAUGUUACAAAUGGUCUCCAUGUUGUCCUGCUUUGACUGUUUUCUGACAGAAUUAGUUUGAAGUACUUCUUUCUUUUUAUUUGGACGACGUCUACGGAGUGUAUUGCCAGUUAAAAUGGAGGAGAGGAUAUAUGGAGUGCACUACACUGAAAAACAAACAAAACAAAAAUAAUUAUGCCAGAGAGAAGUGCUGUUCCACCCUAAUGUGGUGGUGUGAUGUAUACUGAGACUAUGCUGUCCUGUUCCCAUCCGUUUGUUGUUGUUGUUUUGCGCCCCCCCCCCCCCCUUCCUCUCUCUCUCUCUCCUAUGGGGAAAUGAGUAUGUGGGUAAAUUAUUUAAAGAAAACUUUUAAGAGCAAAUUACGCUGGUUUACAGCGUUUGCACUCAAGAGAGUUAAAGGGUGGGGAAGCCGAGGAGUCUGGAAAAAACAGACCCUGCAAAAGACUGCAAAUCGCCACCACAUUACCCUGAUUACAUACCCAAUCAGACACUCUGCGGGCUAAGAUGGAAACAACGGGUCUCUAUUGACGAUGACUGUUUCUGUAUUUUGUUUGGGGUUGGGGGGUGUGAGGCCAUGCAUUUGUCAUGCCUGUUUUCUGUUUUUGAUGUCUGUUUUCACGCUUGUUGCCAUUGCCAUGCAUAGGACCCAGUCCAUAGAGCCUUCCAUUAUUGUUUAUCCUUCACGCAUUGAUUUGACACGAUGCGCCGUUGAAUGUUGCCCACUGUUCUGUGCUUGCCGCGGGUCUCAGUUAGCAGUCGAAGCACAUUUAAUCAAAAGAGCAGACCAUAUUUUUAUUUUUAUUUUUUUUUUCCUUUUUGUCACAAAUAUUCUCAAAAUGUGGUGAUCAUAAAAAAAAAUUAAAGUUUAAGUAGUUGCACAAGUCAGAUUAAGAUUGUUUAAGGUGUUGCCCCCCCUUGAUAUAUUUAACAUGCUAUGUAUUCUUUUAGUGAUAUAACACUUUAGAGGUUGGGCCAAAUUUGUCUGUCUUCUCGUACGAGUAUAUCUUGAUUCUUUAGGGUAAACAUUUAGAUGGCCCUGCAUUUUAAAAAAAAAAGGUCAUUAUUGCACUAUAAAUAGAUCGUGUUUAUUACGUUUACAGUUUUUUUAAUUUUAUUUUGUUCCCCUUUUGAAAGAACUGUAAUCUGUCCUAGGUAAACCAGAGUUAUGAAUAGCCACAAUGGUGGCUGAAUGUAAAUUGUAGCAUUGCUUUGGUGAGGGUCACAGUUUCUUUUCUUUUCUUUUGUGAUAUAGUAAAUUAUUGAAUCUCUUUGUCUAUUAUGUGGCUCCAUUUUUUUCCUUCACAUAGAUUACAAACCUUUUCCAAAAAAAAAUGAACUUUAAAAUGACCUUUAUUGACAGUGAUGUUUUUACAUGAUUCUUUUUAAAUUGAUGCAAACAGGUCUUCCAGGGUGGUGGAGCACAGGCAGCAGUUCCCUUAAUAAGUGUAAAAUUGAGGUUUGUUUCAGGAUUUUAUCAAUCUAUGAAUUAUAUUAUAUUGAUCCAAACAACAACGUGUUUAUCUAAUGGUGAAAUGUCAAGAUUCACUAAAUUAUAUCAUCGUUUUUUGUCUAAUUUAUUAAAAGUUCCUCUUGUGAGGGAAUAGAUGAAUAAAAAGAUAUACACAUUGGGUUCACAUCUCUAACUCUGUUAAUUUUGUUAAAUAAUUAAUUAAAAGUUACUUUUAAGAAAAAGCUUGCAGCUUUAAAACCAAACCCUUAUCCCUUAUUAAACUGGUUAAACAGGGCAGAGUUUAAAAGAUAAAAUGCGUUGAAUCUGUAUAAUCUCUGCUUUUUAGACAGAAUGUUUUAUUACCCAUUAAAUCUUAAUACCUAACAGAGUUUUAAGUACAGUUCUGAAAGAUUGCAGUAACUGUAAGGGCCUAGGAAAAAUGUGAUAUACUCCAUCACAGCGAUUAAAGAAGUAUGGAGCAGUGCCUUAGACUGUGAAUGUGGGUCUGUGCCAUAGUCAUUGUUCAGAAACGAACAAAACCAAGGAGGCUGUACAGAUUAGACGUUUCUCUUACUGAAAUUGUUAUUCUAAACUUUAAAAUGAUGACUUAGCAACUACGCUGACAUACUUUAGUUGACUUAUUUUGUUCUCGUGUCAUUUUUGAAUGUAAAAACUGUACUUCCUUUACUAGUCACUGUUUAUUUAAGCUUUUAUUUUAACAAUACGGCCUGUUCCCUAUUAAACUCCCUCACAUGCUGAGCAAGACAGGGCAAUCUAUCAAAAAGAAACAGUGAAUAAAAUCAGACUUUGAUCCCUGUUAAACGUGUACAUCCGCUCAAAUGCGUCUUCCUCUGUAAACUAUCACCUUCGCUCAGCUUUCUCACUUUUUAAAUUACCUUUGAACUUCCUGUUUAGCUUCCAGGGAUCUAUUGUUUGUCGUCUUGCGCAGAGUAACCGACUGAUGUUGCACUUUAAAAUGAGAAAUACUCAGAGAAUGUCAUGACUAGCCUUUGACAAGAAUGAGCUCCGUCGGAGGUGCUUAAUAGAAAAGAAAAAAAGACAAAGCAAUGUGGGUGAUUUUUUACGUGUUUCUUUGAUGGAAAACAAUGUCAUGUUUACUGCGAGCUCAAAUGAGAAACAGGAUGGGGUUGUUGGCUGUGAAGAAACAAUUUUUUUUCCCCCCCAAAAUUCCUUUUUUUUUUCCUUCUCCAUUUUUGUCUCUUUGCCACUAACUGAAAAAAAAUAAUGAACACUGUAAUUUUUUUUUUUUGUCCUGCUCCGCUGAAAGGUUAACCCUGAAAAUUAUACACUGAUAUGCAAAAAUUACACUUGUAUCAUAAAAUGCAUGCCAUUCAGAUGUUCACCCUAACCCGAUGAGACCUCUGAUCUUUAUGCACCCUGUAUUUUAUGCUGAACAACUGUUUUUAAUGUUUGCGAGCUGAGACGCGAGUCGUCUCGCAGUCAACGGGGCUGUAUUUUUUUUAAACCGUGCACCCUGGCCUUUCAUUGAAUGUCUGCAUAAAAAUGUAAUCUCCUGCGUAAUCUGCGGCAAAAUACUGACUAAGAGUGGCGUACGUACAUAAACUAACUACCCCCGUUGAGUGUGCGUUUGAAUCUUCUGAGAGAUGCACCGAAAAGUUUGUUCGUCUGUGUCCUCGAACAUGAUGCCAGCACUUUAGAAGUACUUAGAAAACCGAAAGAGAAGAGAAAAGACAUCAAGGGUGACCAAGGCUACAAGCAGCAGAGGACUAGAUGCAACUUUUAAAGCCAUGUGUUCAGAGCGCUGACAAUCAGAAAAGGGAUGAGGCCCACAGUGCACUAUGGGGGGGUUGUGAAAUGACUUGCUGUGCUAUUGCUAUUUGCUUUUGUCUUUCAGCUUGUUUCAGUCUGUACUGGCUUACUUUCAGAAUGGAGGGACGAUGGUGGUAACUGCAGCCUGCUUGGUUUUAUGUGUGUGUGUGCGUGUUCGCAACAAGGACUGACUCAAACCUUGGUGCUCGACGGGCAGAGCUGUCCUCAGUUGGCAUGGACCUUAUCUGUCAUUCUCUGGGCUUAUCAGUGACCUGAUGAUGGACAACAACACAAAUGUCUUGGGGUGUUUUUUUUUUUUUUUUAAUGAAAAUGUUAUCAUGCAACUGUAUACUUUGAUCACGGUCUUGUUCCUGACUAUCAGCAGGGCGUGGCCCAGGCAAACUUGGAUGAGGCUACUUUAGUGUUGAUACUGCUUCACGAAAGAGAAAAAAAAAAAAAUGUUGAAAUGUUUAUGCGCCUUCUGACUCAAGCAUCAAUAAUAUAUACUGGAAAUGCAAGUUGCCACUUUCAAUGUUGCAUAAGAAUCUACCUUUCAUUCCCAUCAUUGUAUUUGCCAUCAUGGGUUUUAGGUUGUGUAUUCUAAGAGUACCUUAUUUCUUUAAAUGCAAUAUAAAAACAUGUCUGCUUUCUAAUAAAAAAAAGUCCUUACUUCAC